AUGAGAAUACAGAGCUUUUUUUGCGGACUUGCGCUGCCUUUUGCCUAUGCAAGGCUUUCGCUGCUGCAAAUCGAAAAAACACAAAGUGCCACUGUGCUGGCAGAAAACUGUGCCUUGCUGAAAAUAAAUCCAGAGGGCCCGCUUAACCUGAUGCGCGGAUACCUCUAUCAGCGGAUGGGGCUUGUGCAAAACAAAAGGAUGUUUUCGCCCGAAAUAGACACUGCGUACAGCUUGAGGCACAGCAGCCUGGGCGAGCAGGCGAAAGAGCCGUAUGUUUACUCAAGAAGCGCUGUGGCGGACCGCGCCCGUCUGCUGGGCGCAGAAGGCGGCGGCCCAGAGGCUGCGCGAGAAAACGAACAGUACUUUAUGGAGUACCACCGGAUGCUUAUUCUUAUGUUUCCCUCUGCCUCUGGAGAGCUUUCCAUUGAGGCUGGGCGGCCGAAUGCAUUUACCCGGUUUCUGCGCGCUCCGGCGGUGGAGAAGCACGCGCACCAGGUCCUUGCAGCGCUUCUUCUUUUGAGCGAGGGCAUAGACGUGCCCGUCUGCAUCUCCGGAAAAAACUUGGUGCUGAAAAAAAAGGGGGGAAAGGCCAUCUUUUGCCUAAGCAUGCUGACCCCAGCCCAAAGCUCAAAGCCUGGAAAAGCCCUCCUUGUGUGGCAGAAGGAAGCUGCAGAGGUCAUAAUGUUUUUUCUAAAGCACAAAAAUGUGGUAAAAACCCCGCACACGAUGGAGAGCUUUCUUUCAGGAGAGUUUUUGGACAGCGCGCAGUUUUUGAUACAGGCAUACAUUUUUGAGUUUUUAGACAGCGUUGAGAGCGCGAAAAAGCUGUUUGCGUCUGUGUAUGAAAUACUGGGCGCGGCAGUGGGCUUUCCUGAGGCCCACGCAGAAAAAGCAGAGAGCGCGCUUUUUGUGCCUGCCCAGCAGUGUUUUGAGGCAAUGCAGCUCUCGCCCUGGCUAAAAAGAGUGCAGAUUGUUGUAGAAAAGUAUGGAUGCUUUCCGUUUGCAAGCUCCUGCCACCUGCCGGGGUAUGUACAAAUUCCGCCGUGCAUACGCGUCCAAUCGCACGAAAAUGCAGCUUGCGAGCUCUACGAGGACACGACCAAAACCUUCAGCAACUGCGUGGAGGUUGGGCUCUAUGCGCUGUUCUGCUGCCUUACAUACAACCCCGACCCGCACGAGUACACUCUGGCCAAGCUUCCCGGUGCCACGGAUGGCCUUAAAGCUUUUUUCACAAAGCACGCCGCGCCCGUGGAGUGUGUCAGCUUGGAGCUGCACCGAGCAUGGAACCAGGUGGUUUCCAACCUUUCGUGCGGCCGGGUUGCAUACAAAAGACAAGACCGAAACGAGCUCCGGACAGGGCUGCUAAACAUUCUGCUGGCGCUGGCGGAGAUAACCGGCAGGCUUGGUGCGGAGGAGGAAACAAUUGCUGCGUUUAUGGAGGAGGUCAGCGGCCCGGGGGAACCUAGUAAAGCGUUUUACGCAAGGGUGGGCGCGUAUGCGGCCAAUUUUCUGCUGUCUCUUUCCGCAUCCGAGGAAAUGGACAUAUGGCUUAGAGACGGGAGAAGAGGCGUGCGAAGCGACGGAAAGCACGAUGUUUAUGGGGAUAUUGUGCUUAAAACAACGCAAAACGGAAACGCCCAGGGGAUAGUUUUUGAGCUGAAAGAGGGGCACACCAGCAUAAAAAUGCUGGCAAAAAGCGCGUCUAUCUCCUUCGAAGGCGUGCAGGAGCUCGAGCAUAUAAAAGACAAAUGCGCGCGCACUCCGGGCUUUACCCGAUGCCUGCUUGCACACUACAUAGCGCAGUGUCUGGAUAUGGCCAGAAGUCAAGAAGAGCUUUGCAUAAACGGCAUAAAACGCGCAGCCCAAAACAUGGCAACGAACAGCUUCUCCAGCAUACGGGAGGUUAUGCUGCUAAGAAAAAUCCAGCACGUAGACCAAAAAAGAGCAGUUGUUGAGCUGCUUCUUAUGCAGGCAACUGCCGAGGGGAUAGAGCUGGCCAAAGGGCAUCCGAUUCUAUGCUUUGUUUCCAACAUAAUAGGAAGCACUCCCCUGGCGGACACAAGAACGCAGUACAGCAUUCUAAGAAUUCCGGCAUGCACAGGCGUGCUGAAAAAACAUCUUCCCCGGAUAAGUCUGCAAAGGCAAAGAUACAUUGAGAUUUUUAAGACUUCGCGCUCGCUUCAGGACAUGGAGUAUCUCGAAAAGUCGAAGUACGCGCUUUUUACUAUAGAAACCCUCCGCGCAUACCCUCGCGAGACAGAUGAGGUGCUCUCUUGCAGCAAAGAUCUCAACAUUGGAUACCGAGUGGAGAACUUGUUCAACGUUCUGUUUGCAUGCAACAGCAUGGUGUAUGCUAGAAAGCUGGCGCAGCUUCUGCAGGAAGAGAACAGCGCGCAGGCAAGCCUGCUAAAGCACACGCUAGACCUUGUCUGGUUCGGCUUGGCGUGUGUGAGAAAAAAAGAAUACGCAGACCUAAUCAAGGAGCUGUAUGACGAACUUUCACCAAACUGUAUGUACGACCGGGCGCAUGACGCCAUUAAGUACUUUAGCAAGCCAGAGGAAGUGUGUGCGGUCGUGGAAGGAAUGAAAAAAAGUAUGCAUCUUGACCAGAGCAGUGACAAGCUUAGAAUGGUUUUUAGUGUAUUUAAACCCCCCUGCAAUGUUCGGUUUGUCUGGGGUAUCGACUAG